AUGUGGUGGAAAACGUCUCAAAGUACCCCCCAACGUGCAAAAAACUGUCUCACGUUACUCUUUCCGUCAGUUUUUUUGAAAUUCCGUUACGAACGUUACUGUUCAUCUCCCCCAAAAUUCCAGAACAGCAGCUCCUCCCAUUUGUUACUGUUCAUCGCACCAGUUUUUGGGCUGCCAUCGCCUCCUCCGGCCACCCCAAGCGACGACAUGGAUAUCAAAAGAACCAGCACGUUGUCCUCUACCACCUUCACAUCUCAGCCGCUGCCAACCGUCGUUUGGAUCACCGAAAAAAGCAAGAAAUUGGCCGGUUUUUACCCAAAAUCUCCAUUGCUCGUUCGGGCGAUUCCGAGCACCAUUUUCUUCGAUCCAGGAGACUGGGAGAGAGGUCAGCAGCCAGCCAACAAGUUGAUGAUGGGUCUGUCCUGUGGCUGUGGCUGUGGCUGUGGCUGUGGGGGAUCUUUCCAACUUUUCUUCAACUUGCUUUGUAUCUGGACACGAGACGAACGAGACAUUAUGAGUUCAGCUGCAUCCGAGGGUCCCCUGUUUUACUGCUAG